AUGAGAUUUACCAGAGGAUUGAAAGCCUCUUCUUCUUUAAGAGCAAAGGCUAUUGGAAGAUUAGCUAAACUUUCAACGGGUGCGUUAAAUGAUCAAAACAACAAUGGCACAACAUUAGAUUUGAUAACUCAUACGCUGCCUAUUUUUUACUCCACGAACACGUCAAAGAUAUAUACUAUACCACUUACAUUGAGUGAAUGGGAAGUACUAACUUCACUUUGUACCGCAAUCCCUACUACACUCGAUCUGGUUGAAACAAUGCUUAAGGAAAUAAUUACGCCCUACUUUCUAGAAACUCCAAGACAAAGAAUUUCAGACGUUCUGUCCUCAAAAUUCAAAUUAAAGCAGAUGAGAAAUCCGAUUGAAUUGCUAACUUUCCAGUUGACCAAGUUUAUGAUUCAAGCUUGUGAACAGUAUCCCGUUCUUUAUGAAACUAUAGGCGAUAUUAUUUCAAUUUAUUUCGAGCGCGUAUUAAAGGUAUUCACUAUCAAGCAAUCUGGCUUACUAUCAUUAGUGGGCUUUAUUAAUGCAUUUAUCCGGUUUCCCAACUCUUCAGAGCUCACCAAAUUCACUUGGAAAAAGCUAGCGAAACUUGUGCUUCAUGGAUCAUUUCUGAACGAAGUUGACAAAAUUUUAAACUCCUCAGCAACUUUUACUAAUGAUUCAAUUGUCCAGUAUUACGAUGCUGGAAAUGAACUAUCCGGUGCUUACCUAUUGGAAUUAAUAUCCCGCUUGCAAGUUUCGCUAAUAUCUCACCUUUUACGUACUUCAAAUGUUAUUGCUAACUUGAGUGAGUUCCUACUAAGUCAACAGUAUCAAUUUUACAAAUUUGAUCAAGAACCAGCUGAUGUAAACGACGAUACGAAGUGUAUUGAUGAAUUUUUUUUUAACGUAAGAAGCAACAAACAGUUUUUUACAGACAUGUGUAAGCUUUCCCUGCAGUUUUGUUCCGAGUCUCAUAUUCUCGACUUAUCUACAGACAACCGCGCAAGGUUUUCUUUUGAUACUCGAGCCUACUACUUACAAACACUAUGUUUGAUUCCGUUUAUAGAAGAUACAGAAAGCGAGCUUUUUGAGAGUUUUACAAACGUUGUUUCUGAAUCUAUUGAUAAAUUUUUCUUAUCUGAUGUCGUUACACCAUCUUUGACAAAAGCGAUUGUGGCUUCUGCCUCAUUACUAAAUUUUUUUACGGAAAAAUUGUCAUUAACCCUGAUUCGUAUGUUUCCAUUGCUGGUGGCGUCUCCGCAUAUUACUACCGAAACAGUUAAUGACGUUGCAAAAAUAUUUACGACAGGGUUAUACCCUCUAAAUGAAGACGCAAUAGUAAGUACAAUUUAUUCAAUGAACAACUUAUUAGCUGUUUCUGAGGACGGAUCCCCCGUCCCGGUGCUUCGUGAACGCCAAUUAACAAUAACGUCUGGAAAAAAUAUUGAGAGAGACUACUUUCCCCCAAGAAAUUCAUCCUCUAGUCUGAAUGGUACUGGUGCUCUGUUUGGAAACACAACCGUGGGUCAACUUUGCUCCCAUGAUGUUAAUAGUGGAACUACUAUGACAUACCAUGCCUCUUUGAUUUCUAAUUGUGUAGCUGCAACAACUACAAUCGCCUCAUAUUAUAACACUCAAAGCAUAACAGCUUUGACUAUCUCUAUUCUUACGCAAAAAGUUAAUUCUAUGUCAAAGGAAUUCGAUAGUGUUAUUUUGGAUUCUUUGGCAAGGCUGGCCCCAAAUACUUCAUCGACAGAAUUUUCACUUUUGCUAAAAUUCUUCAAGUCAAGAACUGUUUUCGCAACCAAAAUUAAUGACAGUACCUUAUUGAAGGAUAUCAUUAAAGCGAAGUGUGUAAUAUCAAAGGAAUUGUUGGCCGGGCAUUUUUCAAGCGAUUUAUAUUUCAUGUACCUCCAUGAUCUAUUAGACUCGAUUAUUGCCAGUGGGGAAGUAGAACGAUUGGAACAUCAUAGACCUCAAACGGAGAUUUCUCGUGUUGCUGAUCAAAUUGCUACCUACCUAGAGCCCCUUGCCGCUCUACUACCUGUUCCAGGCGACACUCCCUUGGACAUCAAUAAGGACGAAGUCACUACAAACAAGUUUAGGAACGCUUGGUUUAAUUUUGUCAUUCAUGGGUACCAUCUAGGCGGACCCAUUGUCAAACAAAACUUUUCUUCCUUAUUAACUAUUGCCUAUAACUCACCACCUCUAGCUUCUGAAUUCCCUGCUAAUAACAAGGAGCUUUCAUUGGAGAUGAAUACAAUUUUGCGUAGGGGUUCCUCUAAUGAAAAUAUCAAACAACAAAAACAACAGAUAACUGAAUAUUUCAAUACGAAUAUCGUUCAGUACAGGACAACUUCAUCGUCUAAAAUCAUGUUCUUAGCUGCCGCUGCUCUUUUAGAAACAAUAAGAUGCGAGGCAGGUGAUUGCUCGAAGACUCUAUUGUAUUUCUCAGAUCCCUCCAUUCUCUCCGGUUCAAUUGAAAAAUGUAUAGCAGUCUUAUCGGUUUCCAUGAUUAGAAAAUAUGCUAGGUUGAUUCAAAAGGGUAACGAUGCCAUAUUCAACUCCAAAAUGAUUGCUCAACAACUUAACAACUUGCUACUCUGUCUUUGUCAUAGGGAACCGACCUUGCAGGAUGCCGCUUUUCAUGCUUGCGAAAUAUUUAUCAGAUCCAUUCCAUCGUCGUUAUGUCAUCAUUUGUCUCUAUACACUUUGUUGGAUAUGCUAACAGCCCUAUUUGACAGUAUCUUAGACUCAGAGGCACAUAAAUUUGAGCCACGGUAUGAAUUUAAGUUGAAACAUUCUCAGACAACGAUAUUGGUUCCAAGUUCAUCGUCCUGGCGUACUGCGACAUUAUCGAGAUUGCAUAAGUCGGCUAAGGAAUGGGUAAGAAUAGUACUGAAUAGAAGCAACCAGGAUACUAAGAUUUUGUUGCAAUCAUACAUAUCAGACCUCGGUGAGUACAGUAGAUUGAAUUCUGUUGAAUUUGGUGUCUCAUUUGCCAUGGAUAUGGCUGGUUUGAUUCUGCCUGCAGAUAAGGAACUAUCAAGACUUACUUACUAUGGCCCAGAGAAACCAAAUACAAUAUCUGGAUUUAUAUCUUUACACUCUUGGAGGUCAAAAUAUCUUUUCGAUACUGCUAUAACAUCAUCACCAGAGGAUAUCAAAAGGCAAAUUGGUAUUUCCACUCAAAACAUAAGAAAAAACUUAACUUUAGGGAAUAAAAUUAUAACUAAAGACGUAACUGAUUUUCUUGAUAUGGCCACUGCUUUGUUGAUUCUUGGCAAUGGUGCUCCAGCGUCAUUAAUAUAUGAUAUUGUACAUAUCCCAUUCGAAGUCUUCACCUCUGCGUCUUUAAAGAUUGCUACAAACGUAUGGUUAACAAUCAUAACUGAGAAGCCCGAAGUUGCGCAUCUACUUUUAGUUGAGGUAUGUUAUUGUUGGAUGCGCUCCAUUGAUGAUAAUAUUGGUCUUUAUUCUCGCGAUCAUGACAUAAAGGGUGAAGAAUAUCAAAAAAUGGAAUAUUCUCCUUACGACAAAGCUGGCAUCAACAGAGAUGCAAAAAAUGCAUCUCAAGCUAUGCAACCGCAUCUUCAUGUCAUCAAAUUUUUUGCUUCCCAUUUCGAAGGAACGUUAUUUCAAAGUGACUCUUUACUAAAAAUUUUCACGAAAUGCGUGCUCUACGGUAUCAAAAAUUUGUAUAAGGCUUCACUACAUCCGUUCGCAAGAAUGAUUCGUCACGAAUUAUUGUUGUUCGCAACGCUCGUACUAAACGCAAGUUAUAAACAAGGAUCCAAGUAUAUGGGCCGUUUGUCCCAAGAAAUUACAAACGGCGCCCUAAGUUGGUUUAAAAGACCAGUGGCUUGGCCAUUUGGUUCAAAUGAGCUGAAAAUCAAAGCAGAUUUAUCCGUUACUAGGGAUCUUUUCCUUCAGCUGAACAAAUUAAGCUCGCUAAUGUCACGCCAUUGUGGGAAAGAUUACAAGAUUUUAAACUAUUUCUUGGCAAGCGAAAUCCAACAAAUCCAAACAUGGCUUACUCCUACUGAGAAGAUUGAAGGAGCCGACAGCAACGAGCUUACAGGCGAUAUCGUUGAAGCUACCUUUGCAAAAGAUCCGAUAUUGGCAAUAAAUCUUUUGCAACGAUGUUAUAGCAAAAAAGGAGAGGAUGUCCUAGUGGGUUUAGUUGCAAAACAUGCUUUAAUGUGUGUGGGAUCCCCAAAUGCCCUUGACUUAUUCAUAAAAGGAAGCCACUUAAGCAGUAAGAAAGACAUACACGCAACCUUAUAUUGGACACCAGUAAGCCCGUUAAAAUCUAUCAAUCUUUUCCUUCCCGAGUGGCAAGGUAAUUCUUUUAUUUUACAAUUCAGCAUUUAUUCUUUAGAAUCGCAGGAUGUAAAUUUGUCAUUCUUCUAUGUUCCUCAAAUUGUACAAUGUUUGAGGUACGACAAAACCGGAUAUGUCGAGAGAUUAAUUUUGGAUACUGCAAAAAUUAGUGUGUUAUUUUCUCAUCAAAUAAUUUGGAAUAUGCUUGCGAACUGUUACAAGGAUGAUGAAGGCAUACAAGAAGAUGAAAUCAAACCAACUCUAGAUCGUAUUAGGGAGCGUAUGGUUUCAAGUUUCAGCCAAACUCAUCGCGACUUCUACGAACGUGAAUUUGAAUUUUUCGAUGAAGUAACUGGCAUAUCUGGUAAACUUAAACCAUAUAUCAAGAAAAGUAAGGCCGAAAAGAAACAUAAGAUUGAUGAGGAAAUGAGCAAAAUUGAGGUAAAACCUGACGUUUAUUUACCCUCUAAUCCUGAUGGUGUAGUUAUUGAUAUUGAUCGGAAGAGUGGUAAGCCACUUCAAUCUCACGCAAAGGCUCCUUUUAUGGCGACCUUUAAAAUAAAGAAGGAGGUACAAGAUCCUUUGACCGGGAAAAGCAGGGAAGUUGAAAAAUGGCAAGCAGCUAUCUUCAAGGUCGGUGAUGACUGCAGACAAGAUGUUCUGGCGCUGCAACUGAUCUCUCUGUUUAGAACCAUAUGGUCCAGUAUUGGCUUGGAUGUCUACGUUUUUCCUUACAGAGUCACUGCAACGGCGCCCGGUUGUGGUGUCAUCGAUGUGUUACCCAACUCGGUAUCCCGAGAUAUGUUAGGACGUGAAGCUGUUAAUGGAUUAUACGAAUAUUUCACAAGUAAAUUUGGUAAUGAAUCUACUAUUGAAUUUCAAAACGCUCGAAACAACUUUGUCAAAUCCUUAGCGGGGUAUAGCGUAAUUUCGUAUUUGCUUCAAUUCAAGGAUAGACAUAAUGGGAACAUUAUGUAUGAUGAUCAGGGACACUGUCUACACAUCGAUUUUGGGUUUAUUUUUGAUAUUGUCCCAGGUGGCAUCAAGUUUGAAGCAGUACCAUUCAAGCUGACCAAGGAAAUGGUUAAAGUGAUGGGAGGUUCACCUCAAACUCCAGCAUACCUGGAUUUUGAAGAACUUUGUAUCAAAGCAUAUCUAGCCGCUCGUCCGCACGUGGAAGCCAUCAUCGAAUGUGUUAGCCCUAUGCUGGGAAGCGGUCUUCCUUGCUUUAAGGGCCACAAGACCAUUAAAAACCUAAGAGCAAGAUUUCAACCCCAAAAAACUGACCAUGAAGCUGCGCUAUAUAUGAAGGCACUAAUUCGUAAGAGUUACGAAAGUAUUUUCACUAAGGGUUAUGACGAAUUCCAAAGACUCACCAAUGGCAUUCCAUACUGA